AUGCUUUGGCAUGCUUGGCACAUCAGCACAUGGUGGCACAUGGAUCCGAUGGAUCACUCGUGAUCAGUCGUCAGGGAAUUCACGUUCAACUAUCGCCUUGGAUCGGACAGUGUGCGAGAGCCAAGAUUGACGCGCCCUGUUUCGUUAAAAUUCAUCAUUUUAGUGUUGAUUGUGGUGAAGCCAAUCCUUAUCGCGGUGUUUAUAAGAAUACCGGACGGAUUGUGCGUUCGCGCAGACGUAUUACGGUCCAAGGUACGCGUUCCAACGUGGUCUCUCAAACUUGAUUUUCGGCUACGUCCUGAAUAAAACACUCGUGCAUCCGUGCGAGCGAUUUGAUGCUUGACAUUGGAUUGGAUAAUGGCACUGAUGCGAGGAUUACGAUCGUCUUUUGUCUUGGGAACGAAUUAUGUAUACACGUACAUAUCUAAUCAAGUUGUUCCCGCGAGAACUGUGUCUCUCAUGCAACCGCUCUCUAAGAAUAAAGAGGUUACUGUAACGUUUGUUAAAGCCAAUGGAGAAAGGAUAAAAGCAAAAGGAGAAAUUGGAAACAGUAUUUUAGAUAUUGUUGUGAACAAUGAUCUUGAGUUGGAUGGUUAUGGAGCUUGUGAAGGAACAUUAACGUGCAGCACUUGUCAUUUAAUAUUUUCUAAGGAUGUGUUUGAUAAACUUCCAGACAAACCUACAGAGGAAGAAAUUGAUAUGCUGGAUUUGGCACAAGAGCGAGGACCAACUUCGAGAUUGGGCUGUCAGAUAAUCAUGACUGAAGAACUCGAUGGCAUUGAAAUAAGAGUACCAGCUACCAUUAAUGAUGCAAGACAAGCAUAAUAAUUUCUAGUAUAAUUCAAGUUCAUUAGAUCUUGUUAAAGGCGUUUAGAUAAUUUUAGGCGUUUUAUAUCAGCUCUUUUAGUGUAAUUCAAUCUAAUCAUUCUUUCUCUCCAGUAUAAUGCAAUAUGUUAUGUACAAUGUACGUAAU